CGGUGCGCGCUCCCGCCGGCAGCGCACUGGCGCAUGCCCCCAGGCGCUUCACAGGUCGGUAAGGCCAGUGCCCGCCGGCCGGUGCUCGAGGCAGGGGGUGACGACGGCGACCGACGCGCGACCCCCGGGCGGGUCUGUGCGCAACAGUGUCGAUGGGAAGGUGUGGGAAGUGACUCGGGUCUGAUCAGAGUGUGAGCUAGAGGAGGGCACAGGGCACAAGAUUGAAAGUCUGUGAGAUCUCUUCAUUGACAGCCUGUUCCAAGAAAACAAUCAUCGGGCUGAAAAUUUCAGCGAUGUGCCAUCGAUCUUUAUACGACGCUUUGAAGCGAUUGUCAAUUCGAAGAAAGUGAAUCGUGCUGCGAUCGGGCUAGAGGAUAUAACCCUGUCGGCGACAGUGUGUCGCCCGCUGCGGAAGGCGAGAUGUUGACCUGAGGUCACCUCGUGUCAAAAGUCGCCAUGUCGCUGAAGGUGAUAUUUCACGCGCUGGAGGGCGUCACAGCCAAAGGAGAGAAGGCCAUCGUCGUCAACUUCAGAGGUCAGAGUCGGACCACAGCUCCCCUGGGCGACUGCGCCUCCAUUGAACAGGAGGUGGAGUUUGGCCUGGACCAGCCGCUGGACCGCGAUGCGCUCCUUACGCUGGAGGUGGUCGCCAGGAACCGGUACCUGCAGAACCGCAGCCUGGGCGGGUACGGCCUGGUGCUGCAGCGCGUACUCGAUGACGGCGGAGUCAGGGUCAACGACUACCUCGUCGACAGCAAUAACAAAAUCAUACAGGCCCGUGUGCGGUUCGAGGUGGUGUACCGGUGGCCCGGCGAGGCGUCUCUCGUCUCGUGGCCCUCGAUGACGGCCACAGUCGAGGACGACCAGCAGAUGCUCGUCGACAUCGAGCAGAACAUCGCCAACCUGGAGCGCUCCUUCUGCGACCGGUCCUCCUUCGGCGGUUCACCGACAAUGGGCAACGCCGCCGACCCCGCCAGCCCCACACCGUCACGGAAAAGGGCACACAUGGCGAUGCGGCGGGUGAAGUCUCUGAUGCGACUGGGCAGACGGCGCACCAGUAUUGAGGACGAGCUGCUGCCGCGCGGAGACGGGGGCGAGCUGAGCGGGGCGGGCUCCCAGCAGAGUCUGACCGAGCAGCUGCCGCCCCGACCGGCCAGCGUCUGCUCACAGGCGUCCGAUGAUAGCACCAUGUCGGCGACGGCGGCCACCGCGCGCGUCCGGAGACGGCGUGACACGCUGAUGCGUCCGCCGGCCACGCUGCGCGCCGAAGACUACCAGGUGUGUGUGACAGUGAUCGAAGCCCGCCAGCUGGCCGGCCUCAACAUGGACCCGGUGGUGUGUGUGCAGGUCGGGGAACAGAAGAAGUACACCUCGGUCAAAGAGAGCACCAACUGUCCAUACUAUAAUGAGUAUUUUGUCUUCGACUUCCAUAUGGCGCCUACCAUGCUGUUCGACAAGAUCAUCACACUCACAGUUCUUCAAUCGCGCAAUAUACUUCGUGCCAAUAAGGUUCUCGGGAGCUUUAAGCUGGACAUUGCAACGGUCUGGGCGCAGACAGAUCACCAGUUUUACCACAAGUGGGCGCUGCUGACGGACCCCGAUGACCCGUGUGGCGGCCCCAAGGGCUACCUCAAGUGCGACAUCAGCGUCAUCGGCAAGGGCGACACGGUCAAGGCGCCCACCCGCACCGACAGGGAUGAGGACGACAUUGAGGCGAACCUGCUGUUACCGGACGGCGUCACUGCGGAGCGGCAGCGGGCACGUAUCUCCGUCACCAUACACAGUGCCGACGGUCUGCCCCGGAUGAACUCCUCGCUCAUGGCCAACGUGAAGCGCGCCCUCACCGGGGAGAACAGCGACCUGGUGAACCCCUACGUGCGGGUCUCGUUCGCCGGGCUCACAGGCAGAACAUCGGUGAAGAAGAGCUGCUAUUCGCCACAUUGGAACCAGCAGAUCGUCUUCACGGAAAUGUUUCCACCGCUGUGCCAGCGGAUUAAGAUCCAGCUCAAGGAUAUGGAUACUGUGAACGAUACACUGAUCGGGACACAUUUUCUGGAUCUCAACACGAUCAGCAACGAUGGCGAGCGUGGAUUUCUGCCUACGUUUGGCCCUGCCUACGUCCACAUGUAUGGCUCAACUCGAGACUACAUGUUCCCAGGGUUUGACGAGCAUUCGCCGCUCAACAACGGCCUUGGCGAGGGAAUCAGCUACCGCGCCCAGCUACUGGUCUCUGUACGGACCGAAGUCACCGACGUGGUCGAACCGGCCCCCUCGGAAGUCGAGGUGGAACCGGCGCCGGCCAUGAUUGAGAGUCAGCUGGGGAAGCCAGAGGAGUUCUUCCUGUUCGCCUCAAUCCUCGAGGCCACCAUGAUACCUCGGAGACUUGGAGAGAAACCCAUCCACUUUGAGCUGAGCAUCGGCAACCACGGCAACACCAUGGACGGCCACAACACAACCACGCGCCGGGAGAGGACCGACGACGACCCCGGUCUGGAGAGUGUGCUGGCCGACACACCACCCUACCAGUCCACCUCUCACCCCAUCAAACCGAUGAGCUACGACCGACUGUACUACUUCCUGCCCUACUGGGACAACAAGCCGUGUCUUCACGUACGCAGCGUGUGGCACGACCAUCGGCGGCGACUGUACCACUCCAACCUGCUGGCGCGCAUCGCCGAGAAACUGGACGAGUGUCUGUCGGAGGCCCAGGACCUCUCCGAAGAGGAGGACCCGUCGGCCGACCAGUGCCUAAAGGCCUGCCUGGACCAGCUGUGUGCCGACUGCGCCCGAUACGUGUCCGUGAUGCGCUGCUCCAGUCAGCCCGUCACCGGACGAACAAAACUCGACAAGGAGAGGGUGCAGUGGUGCCUUCAGGAGCUGGAGUCGAUGGGGGACAACGCCCGGCGACUGAGACUUCUCGUCACACCGGCAAACGUCAAGGAGAAACUGAGAACGGCCCACAGCUUCCUUCAGCGGCUCCGGUUCCUCACAGAAGACCCGCAGCACAGUCUGCCGGACGUGUUUAUAUGGAUGGUGAGUGGCGGGAAGCGGGUGGCCUACCAGCGACUGCGGGCCAGGAGCCUGCUCCACUCGCUGGUCGAAGAAGAGGCCGGCCAGCACUGCGGCAAGGUGCAGACGCUCUUCCUGAAGCUGCCGGGUAAGCGCGGUCAGGGCUCGGGCGGCUGGGUGAUCCAGGCCAAACUGCAGGUCUACAUGUGGCUCGGCCUCACCAAGCACAAGAGCACGUUCUACGCGGGCCUGCCGCGGGGCUAUGAGAUGUCCCACGAGCUGCGUAACUCGGACCGACCCAACGCCAUGCCGCCCACCUCUCUGCGAUACGUGGAGAGACAGACGUUCCAGCUGCGCGCUCACGUGUACCAGGCUCGCUCCCUGAUCGGCUCCGACUCGUCCGGUCUCUCCGACCCGUUCGCCAGGAUUGUGUUCGGCGAACACAGUCGCACCACGCAGGUGAUUGACGAGACGCUGAGUCCCACCUGGGACGAGCUGCUGCUCAUCGAUGACGUCACCGUCUACGGAAGUCCCGAGGCCAUCUGCCGAGAGCCACCGACCGUCGUCAUCGAGGUGUUCGACCAGGACAAGAUGGGUAAGGCAGAGUUCAUCGGACGCACGAUGGCCCGACCUCACCUGAAGCUGCUGGACGAGCCGUACGAGCGGCCGCGUUUCCCACCACCCCUCGAAUGGCACCAGCUGGUCAGGGGUACAGAGGCAGCCGGUGAUCUGCUGGCCGUGUUUGAGCUGCUUCAGGUGUGUGACGACCCGAGGGGCGCCGAUAUCCCGCCCCCUCCCCCCGCCAAGUACCGUGACUCCAGCAGGGAGACCGGGCCCGUGAUGCCCAUUCCAAAGGAGAUCCGACCGACGCUGGUUAAGUACAGAAUCGAGGUGCUGUUCUGGGGUCUGCGCGCGCUGCGGAGGAUCCACUUUCUGACGGUGGACAACCCUCGCGUGGAUGUGGAGUGUGCCGGCAACAGCCUGCAGUCGUCUGUCAUACAGAACUACCGCAAAAACCCCAACUUCCCGUCACCAGUGAAAAUUAUGGACCUGGAACUACCCGAGGAGGAGGUGUACUGCCCGCCCAUCACUAUCCGAGUGGUGGACUGCCGCAGUUUCGGACGGUUCACCCUGGUCGGGACCCAUAUCAUCUCCAACAUCCACCGGUACAUGGUACGCCCGCAGCCGGCCGUCACCGCCUCGGCGCGUCCGUCAGCUGCCGGCAGCCAGCUGCUGCCCCAGUCGGCCCAGCUGGGUGGCGGCCAGCCGCCCGGCGGAGGAGAGUACCGCGCCGACGGCGAGCGGAGUCCGCUGCUGCAGCGGGAUACACUCAUCACCAUCGACUACGGGUGCCGAAACGGCGGCGCGGGUCACCGCGUGAUGGCCGCUCCCGCCAAGCGGAAAAAGCGCGAAAAGCCCAAGCAGCGCCGCCGGAACUCGCAGUCUAGCGAUGAGGAGGAGGGAGAGGGGGCCAAAGACUGGUGGACCAAGUACUUCGCGUCCAAGGAGGCACUUAUCGAGAGCGAGCGGCAGAACCGGGCCCGUCUGCUGGGUAUCGAGGCUGUCACCGAGGUGGCUGCCGCCCAGGCGCCCCCGACCCGGUCCCGCAAGGUCGGCUUCAAGGGAGCCAGCCAGGCGGUCCGACUGGCUGCCAGGAUCAGUCCAAAGUUCCGACGGAAAAACAAAAAGUCCACGGCACUACUGCAGAUCUACCAGUGUGAGUUGGAGCAGGUAGCCGAGUUUGGCAGUUUCCGCGAGUGGCUGCUCACCUUCGACCUGUACCGCGGCAAGAAGGCCGAUGACUUCAGUGAUGACGAGUCACGCAUUGUCGGCAAGUUCAAGGGCUCCCUAAAGAUGUACCGAUGGCCACCGGCACGCGACUGCGAGGCGCUCAAAGAGCACUGCGGCGACCCGUACAAAGGCUACUUCAGCGGUCUACCUUCCAAUGAGCCGAUCCACGUGCUGGUGCGAGUCUAUGUGGUGCGCGCGCUAGACCUGCACCCGAUGGACCUGAACGGCAAGGCCGACCCCUACAUCGUGCUUCAGCUGGGUAGCAAGAAACUGAGCGACAAGGAGAACUACCAGUCCAAACAGCUGAACCCAGUGUUUGGCAAGUGUCUGGAGGUGGAGGCCACCUUCCCGCAGGAUUCGAUGCUCGUUCUUCAGGUGCUCGACUGGGACCUGGUCGGUACUGACGAACUGAUCGGGGAGACCCGUAUCGACCUGGAGAACCGCUUCUACUCUCGGCACAGAGCCACCUGCGGACUGGACGCCAAGUUCGAGACGUCGGGCUACAACGCCUGGCGGGACCCGAUGCGGCCUACCCAGAUCCUGCACAAACUAUGCAAGGAGAACAAACUGGACGGACCGCACUACCAGCAGGGCUACGUCCGCAUCGGCAACAAGACGCUGGCGCCGCCGGCUCCGGAGGGCACCGGUCCCGACGCACACGCCGAGGAGCCGUCUGAAGAGGACCUGGCUCUGGCGGCGCUCCACCAGUGGUCAGAGAUCCCGCGAGUCGGCUGCAAACUGACGCCGGCCCACAUCGAGACCCGGCCGCUCUACAACCCCGAGAAACCGGGCAUCGAGCAGGGCAAGCUGGAGAUGUGGGUGGACAUGUUUCCGAUGGACAUGCCGCUGCCUCCACCGCCGGUGGACAUCGCGCCGCGGAAGCCCAAGUCUUACGAGCUGCGCGUCAUCAUCUGGAACACGGACGACGUGGUGCUGGAGGAUGACGCCUUCUUCACCGGCGAGAAGAUGUCAGACAUCUACGUCAAGGGCUGGGUGAAGGGUCCCGAGGAUUGCCAGUGCACCGACAUCCACUACCGCUCGCUGACCGGCGAGGGCAACUUCAACUGGCGCUUCAUCUUCCCCUUCGACUACCUGGUGGCCGAGCAGAAGAUCGUCAUCUCCAGGAAGGAGUCGCUCUUCUCCUGGGACGAGUCCGAGUGCAAGAUACCCGCCCGCCUGGAGCUGCAGGUGUGGGAUGCCGACCACUUUUCGGCGGACGACUUCCUCGGUCAGAUCACGCUGGACCUGAACCGGUUUCCGCGCGGCGCCAAGUCCUCCAAACACUGCACCCUCUCGCUGCUGAAGAACGACGGCUCUGUACCCAUGGUGUCCAUCUUCAAACAGAAACGCGUCAAGGGCUGGUGGCCGUUCUACGUGAAAAACAACAACGAGGAGAUGGCACUCACGGGCAAGGUGGAGGCGGAGAUCCACCUGCUGACCGCGGAGGAGGCGGAACGGUCACCGGUCGGAAUGGGCAGGAACGAGCCAGACCCACUGGACAAACCCAACCGUCCGGACUCGUCGUUCAUGUGGUUCAUGAACCCGAUCAAGUCGAUACGCUACAUCGUCUGGCACAACUACAAGUGGACCAUCGUCAAGAUCCUGCUGGUGCUGGCGCUAGCCAUCCUGCUUCUUCUCUUCUUCUACAGCCUACCCGGCUACUCGGUCAAGAAGCUUCUAGGAGCGUAGUCGGGGAUGACGGGAACGGGGAGAAAUGUCGGGAGUGUGGAAGAGGUGGCGAUACAGUCGACUGAAGGUGGACAGACUUCAGAGGACGCUGAGAAUUCUGCGUAGUACGUAGGUACUCCGAUAGGCUCCCCAGAGGACAGAGAGUACCCAAGUAGGCACUCCGGUCGGAAUAUUGAUAGGAUCCCGCUGAGGAGCUCUGGGAGUAAGAACAUUCGCUGAAACUGAGCUCCGCUGCGACAUUCGCUGAGAGUUUCGCUGCACCUGUGGUGUGGAUCUUGGACAGCGAGGUUAGAUGAACGGUGGAGCUUGACAGAAGAGUUUGACCAAAUGAAUCGAGGAGGAAAUAAGCAUGAGAGGAACGGAUUUCUAAAGAUGUUGGUGUUUUUCUAGAACCUCAACUUAUUUCUAAUCGUGCUUAUGACCCAAGGGAUCACUGGCUAUCAAAGGAAAAGUGAAUGUGUAGCGUUAGGAGUUCGUGGUGAUAUUACCAAGUUUAGGAUCUCAAGUUCAGGAUAUCCAAGUUUCCGCGGCUGUGCUGAUGCUAAUCUCUGACUCGUCCAUACAAACGACUUUUGGUUCACUCUAUGUGAGUCUACAUUUUACAUGUCGAUUGAUUCUACAAUUUAUUCGUGUUACUGUCUUUCUUUGUUUAGUGCGUUAUUGUCGGAUCUCUGGCGACUUUAUCGUACGGUAUACCUUAGGUGAUGUUUGAGUGACAUUUUGAUGCGCAUCAUUUGUUCAUGUAAUCAUUAUUUAUAUUCAUGAGUCUCAUAUUUACUGAAGCAUUUAUUGCUAUGUUAUUUCCAUUCGCAAUAUGUUAUACUUUGAUAUUGAUUUUGAUUGAAUCGUUCGUGACCUUGUAUUUCCCUUAAUAUUUUGGUUGGCAACCUGGCUUGUGAAGACUCCCUUGAGUUUAUCUGCAGAUGUGAACUAUAACCGUACUACCCACUUCGAACUUCAUGACCUGAUAACCUAGUGAUCUGAUCCUCUUCAAGACGCCACACCAUAGUCAAAAAAGAGUAGCAUCUUUUAGGGUAACGAGUCGCACAACCCACAUUUUGAGUGGAUACAAUACCAAGCCGUGUAACCCUGACAUAGAGCGAGCAGUGACAUAAACCUGACAGCCAGACAUAACAUAGAUACGAACAGUCUUUCGCUUCUAUUUGUGCGCCGCUUGUAGCCGUUAGAGCGUUAGCGGGCGGCUGGCUGGCCAGCCGCCGUAGAUCCAACUGCUCACGAGUAGAUAGAAGAGUUCACUUUCCCAGUGGGUCGGUCCGUCUCAUUACAAUAGUGUAGUGGCUUGAGAUUAUUACCGACAGCCUAUAUAUCUAAAAUGCCUUUGUUUGUGUGAAUGGUCCACACUUGUACUCUGGUAUGAAUCUCGUAUGGUGUAACUGAUAUGGUUCGUUUGUGAACUGCAUAACGUGGAGAGGGUGAGAGAACUCAAUACUAUCCAUAUUUCAUAGUAGAAAACUGUUCGUAUUAUUUCGGAAAUUCCAUUGAGUUCUUGUAUAUGAUUAUAUCGUAUAGUCGGGCUGUAUGGGUGCUUUGAUAUCACUUCUUGUUCAUUUGCCGAUAGUUCGUUGAGUUUUGUGCGAGGAUUGUGAACUUAUUAAAGUGACUGUCAAUACAAUCUGACACCUACUGAUA